AUGUUCCCCCACCCCCUCUACCAGCUCCCUGAACAGUUCCAGAUGGGCUCAGUGGGCCCCUUUAGUGGCGGCUCCCCCACCCUGAGACGAUUCCCCUCUCAUCCCCUGUCCCGACCCCGGGGUGGCAGCACCCUCCUGCCCUCCAUGCUGAUGUUUGGGGUGAUCUUGGCAUCGUGCGGGUUACUGCUGAUGAUCGAAAAGGGCAUCCUGGCCGAUGUGAAGACCCCUCCGCCACGGGGGGACCCGGGGUGGCGCUCCCGCAUCCGAAGUGUGGCGCACGGGGGAGAGGACCUGGACUACGAGAUCCUGCAGGACAUCCGCAACCGGACCAUGAGCAGCGUCUGCGGCCAGAAGAGCAUGCCGCGCAGCCCCUGGGAUCUGCCGCCCAGCCAGCGCCGGACCCUGCUCAAGCACAUCAUCGUCAAUGACCGCUACAAGUUCCUCUACUGCUACGUGCCCAAGGUGGCCUGCUCCAACUGGAAGAGGGUCAUCAAGGUGCUAGAUGGCCACCUGGAGAACGUGGAUGUCAAGCUGAAGAUGGACCACCUGAGCGACCUGACCUUUCUGUCUGACCUCUCAGUGGAGGAGAUCAGAUACCGCCUGCAGUACUACUACAAGUUUCUCUUUGUCCGAGAGCCCAUGGAGAGGCUGCUGUCUGCCUACAGGAAUAAGUUCGGAGAGAUUAAAGAAUACCAGCAGAAGUACGGCAUGGAGAUAGUGAAGAGGUACCGGGAGAACCCAGGCGUGUCCCAGGGGGAGGAUGUCACCUUCUCCGAGUUCUUCCGCUAUCUGCUGGAUGAGGACGUGGAGAAGAUGAACGAGCACUGGAUGCCCAUCUAUAACCUGUGCCAGCCCUGUGCUGUCACCUAUGACUUCAUAGGCUCCUAUGAGAGGCUGAGGGAGGAUGCCAACACUGUGCUGGAGAACGUCAAUGCUCCACUGUAUGUACAGUUCCCCGAGAGACAGUCCUGGUACAAGCCAGUCACUAAAGGGACAUUACAUUACUUCCUAUGCAAUACCCCACGGGGUCUAAUCAAAGAGCUCUUACCUAAGUACAUCCUCGAUUUCUCCUUAUUCGCCUAUUCACUACCUAAUGUCACUAGUGAAUACUGUAGAAAGUAAAGUGUUUUAUAGUUUUAAGCUGAACUCCGGGGUAAGCAA